UCUCGGCGCCUUUCCUUUGUCGCGACUUUCUCGCACACGCCGAAACUUGUUUUGAUUGUUUGAUUACGCUCGAUAAGAAUUUCGCGUGGAUUUUGUUGUUUUCUGGGGCUGAAGCGUUGAGCGACGGAGGUUAUACUGUUUGUUGACGUUCUCUCACCUGUUGAACCUGUGGAGACUGGUACCAAAACCGAUUGCGUGUAGCCGACCGGUUGCCGUUUUGUCGAUCCUGAAACGAUGUAGGCGAUGCUGUGGGCUCUGGGGUGUUUCUUCCAUCGACGUUCCUGAAAGAGGAAGCGUGUUCUAGAUAUCAUUGAAGCAUACACACGCAUCAAGUCCUGGUACCAAGUCGUUGGGUUUGCGCAGGCGCAAAUAGAGCAGCGUUUGUCUAUUAUCAUUCCGGGACAGUCCCAGACUCAAAAAAUUGUCAACUAAGUAAAGGAUAAUACCAGAGUAGGACAAUGGAUUGCGAAGGUGCGAUACGAGCAAGACGACUCAGCAUAAGCAACAGGGAACUCAUUGUCGCAGUGAUACGCAACGAUGUAGUCCAAUUGGACGAUCUGCUGAAAACUGACGUAGACGUCAACUUCAAAGACCGAGAUGGCAACACAGCGCUGCACUGGGCCGUCGCAUGCGGUAACGUGAAAACCGUCGAGUUGCUUUUAUCCAAAGGUGCGUCGACGCACGAGAAGAACAACAAAGCUGAGUCUCCAUUAGAGAUCGGUAAACGCAAAAACAUGCGAGAGAUAAUUGACAUCUUAGAACCACCGAAACCUUCUGACCAUAGCUGCCCGAUAGAGCGACCAAACGACUCUGCUCCUGGUGACGCUCAUGAAAACAAUGAGAAUAUGCUGGAAAGAAGGAAGAACGCAGUGCACGGUAAUAUCUAUCAGUUGAAAUUGCUGAUGCUGUUCCUGUACCGGGGUGUAUCCCACAAGUAUUCGUUUCGCUUGGGCACCGAAAUCCAAGAAGCCAAAAAAUUCGACGACUUGGUUUUCGAGUACGACGUUCGAGGCGAACGGGUGUAUCGGCUUUUGCAAGCCAAGCACAGACUGGACGAGAGCAAGACGAUCAACGCUGGAAACUUGCUGUCGGAGAAUGACGGAGACUUCAGUUUGGCCAAAUACUUUUUCUCUUAUCUGGCAUUGAAAAAGGACAAAUUGUUCAGCGGAGGCAAGGUCAAAGACGUAACUAUUUGUACGAAUAUCGACUUUGACAUUCAAAAUUUAGAACGAAAUGGUAUAAGCGUUGAAAGAAUAGAAGAACGGGAUGAAAUAUUGGACGUGAAAAGCGCGAGAAAGGAAUCUGCGCGUUACAGGUUCAAUGAAAGUAUCGUCAAUUUGAUGAAGCCGAAAUUAAAGAGUUACAAUUCGCCUAGAUUCAGGAGAACCGAAAACCACACAGACAGCGACAUCGGCGAGUUCAUCAAACGUCUGGUUUUCGCAGUAAAUCAGCCAAACGAGGACGAAUUAGGACACAUUGUCAAGAAUGAGAUAAGUAGAGAAUUUGAUUUCAUAACAGCCGAGAACGUGUACAACAAAUUUUUCAUGUCCAUGCUGAAUUGGCUGCAGGGCAAGGAAAAGGGAAUCUUCCUCUCGUAUGAAGAUGGAAAAGAGUUCUUCGUGGAAAUCAACAGAGGCAUACAGUUUUGGUUCGGAGUGAAGAAUCCAAUAGAAUCUUUCACGGGAAGAACAGAGUUUUUGAACAAUCUGCAUACAAUAAUCCGUGCAAAGGAUACCAAAGACGAAAAAUCGCAAUUCGUUUGCGUGAGCGGCCUCGGUGGAGUAGGAAAGAGCGAGUUGGCUAGAAAAUAUGUGAGCGAAUACAGCCAAGACUACGACAAUAAAAUAGUGUGGAUCAACGCCGAAAGCUACGAGACUCUUGCCGAUUCUUUCCGCAGGUUAGCAUGCGAUCAGUUGAAAAUCAGCACUCUGAAUGCAGACAACAAGGAAAAGAAAUUAAACUCCACCGUCGAAGAUGUCUACGCGUUCUUCAGUGACAAGAAGUGUCUAUUUAUCUUCGACAAUGCUGAAAAGUACAAAAGCCAGGACGAGUUCGACAAUGGUAUAGAAGCUUUUCUACCAAGUUUGCCAGAUGCUCGUAAUCGACUGCACGUCCUCAUUACCUCUCGCAAUCAAAAGUGGCCGAAAAAUAUAAAAGUAUUGUCGCUGGAUGUAUUUUCCGAGAACGAAGCGACGGAUUUUGUCAAAAAGUCUCUGAGCUUGAAAGGUAACGAAGAAUGUGAGGAAGUGAAAAAGUUGGUAAACGAGUUGCAGCUUUUUCCCUUGGCUUUGCAACAAGCAGUGGCGUAUAUAGGCCUGCAAGAUGAAAAGUUAAAAAAUGUGGGAUCUGAUUUUAAGAUUAGCAACUAUCUAAAAAAAUGCAAGCAAAAAACAAAGGAAUAUUUGCAAUUUACGGAAGGUAACGACAAUGAUUACUCGAAGACGACGUAUUCCACUUGGAACAUCACUAUCGAAGCGAUUCGUCAGAGGGAACAUGGUGUUGAGGCUUGUGAACUGUUAGAAAUUUUGUCUUAUUUUGCGCCAGCGGAUAUUUACGUAUCGACAAUUAAACGUUUAGUCAAGGAUGAAAUAACGUUGGCUUCUGUUAUCGACUUGCUUAAACAGUAUUCGAUAGUUAAUGUGGAAAACGCCAAGUUAUCGCUGCACAGAUUAGUACUCAAGAUGAUUAGGCUGCAUUUGCAAGAGCAAAAAAGAGAGCAAGAAGUUUUGCACAAAGCUUUGAAUCUAUUCUGCACAUGUGCUCUGAUUUCAGAGAAUAUAGAACACGCAAUAUCCGUCUGGAAUAACUCUAGUAAAUAUUGUAAAUUGGUUGAUAAAUUUUCGGCGCUUCCUAAUGGUAUUAUUCAUUUUCUCCUGGGUAACUGGCGGUUCGAGGAAGCUGAAUUGUUUGGAGUUAAGGCUUCGAAACGGCUAGAUGCCUUGACAUCCAAAAGUCACGCGACAAAACUUAAUCUCAUAGCAACAAAAAAAAGCGCAGCCACAGCUUUACUUAGUCGUGGCAAAUACGACUUAUCUGUAAAAUAUUACGAAGAUAUUUAUAGCCUGCAGAAACGUAUGCUUGGACCAAAAAGUUUGGAAGCGCUCAAGAGCAAAAAGGACGUGGUUCGAGCAUUUAUGGAUUCUGGUCAAUAUGAUCGUGCCUUAGAGCUUUGUGAAGAAAUUCUUAAAAUUGAACAUAAGCUUUUGAAAAAAUUUGAUCCUAAUAUUUUGUAUACUCAACAUGAGAAGGCAAAAAUAUUGAACUAUCAAGGAAAGUACAAAGAAGCCUUGCCACUACUGCAAGAGGUUGUAAAUUUACGAGAAAUUAUACAUGGCAAAAAUCAUCCCGAAACUUUGACAGCUAAAAGUAGCCUCGCAUCCGUCCUGGCAAAUCUCAGUAAGUUCGCUGAGGCUUCAAAAUUAGAAAAAGAAGUAUCUAUCAAAGAGGCGUUAUACUUCGAUAAACAUCAUCCAGAUCAAUUAGCUUCACGAGCAAAUAAAGGAAUAACACUUUUGCAGCAGAAUAAGCAUGAAGAAGCUCGACUUCUGCUUCAGGAAGUAUACGAGGGUUACAAAAAAUAUUUAGGGGAGGAUCAUCCAGAUGCUCUGUCUGUUCGACGUAAUUUAGGAGAAGCUCUGAAAGGAGUAGGAAGGAUCGACGAAGCAUUAAAAAUUUUCAGAUCCGUUCACAAAAAGCAAAAGGAAAUACUAGGCCCUGAUCGUCCAGAUAGUAUAUUUACACAAAACAGCAUAGGCCACAUUCUCCGUAUGAAGAACCAGUAUACUGAAGCUUUGAAGCUUUUUAAGGACUCUUUAGAAAGAAGUAAGAUUACGUUUGGAGAAGAACACCCUACGACUUUGAGGGCUGUCAAUGUUAUAGCUUCGAUAUUAGUGGACCAAGAGAAAUACGAUGAAGCGCUCAAGUACUCUCAAGACAUAGUUGAAAUUCAAGAGAAAACCUUAGGAGACGACCAAUUGGAUACCUUAUCAACGAAACACCUCAUAGGUAUGAUAUAUCAUAAAAAGGGUCAGUUGGACAAGGCUUUGAAAAUAUACAAAGAAAUUUGCGAUAAGGAACGAGACUCAGCUCAUCCUCACAGUAUCCGCACCAAAGAAAGUCUCGUAGAGAUCUUGUUAGAUCAACACAAGUACGAGGAAGCUCUGAAGGUAAGGAAAGAAUUGCUUCAAGCUCGAAUAAUCGCAUAUGGAGAACGAGACAAAGAUACCUUCUUGACGAAGAUAGCAAUAGCAGACUUGUAUCAUCGCACGAAGAAAAAUUUCUCCGCCCUGAAAAUACUGCGCGAGAUCGCCAGUACCGCGGACGACGAAAUCUUGGAGUACUUGGACGCGGAAAAAUUCAACAAGUGGCUGGAUAACUUGGAGAUAGAAACCGGCGUGCUGUUCGGGAUCAUGGAAAAAGACGAGGCCGGACUUUUGCAGAAGUUGUUCGAUGCCGGCCGAGACGUCAACAGCGCGGACGAAGACGACUGCACGUUGCUCCAUUACGCCGUGAUGAAUCAACAAAUGAGCAUAAUAGAUGUACUACUGAAGAACGGAGCCGACGUUACUCUGGUCGCUUUCAACGGAAAUACUCCCCUUCACGAGGCCGCGAUAAUCGAGUCGCUGGACAUCGUGAAACUUUUGUUGAAACACGGCUCGAUAUACAAUGCUCGCAACAAGGAGGACGCGACGCCUCUCGAUCUGAGCGAAGACGGAAGCGUCAGACGUCUGCUGACGAUCGUGGAGGAGCUGUUCGACUACGCGAAGAAAAAGGACGCGCGGAUUAUCGAAAAACUCGAAAGCCUCGAACCUGACGAGUUGGAGGCAGUGCAGAAGACUCGAAACAGCCAGAAGCUGACGUUCGUGCAGAUAGUAAUCAUGCACCGGCAGAAAGACUUUUCCGACAAGGUGCUAGGGAUCAUUCGCGGUAAAUGAUUAUUUUAAGAACAGCCUUUUUACAUUGUAUAGAGUAAUUUUUGUACUUCAUUUUUGUAAAACUUUUAUCCUACAUUAAACAAAAAUCAAUAUUCUUUACAA